UUAUUAAUGAAACGAUCGUUUCCGUUGAAUCAUUUCCGAAUUCAUAGUUUGCUCUAAGUAUUCAUCCCAUUUUAACAUAUAUUGCCAUGAGGGGAUAUUUUGCAUUGGUGCUUUGUUUCUCUGCUGUCCACUGUUACAGAACAAUACAAUUCCAGAGAGGGACAAAGGCAAUAGUAAAAUGGGAUCUAUCUCAGUCCGUAUCAACAACCAGUGCUGCCAUAAUGAGAAACUAUACCUCAGUAAUCUUCACUAUCUCUCAUGGUUCUGUAAUUCCAAACACAGAAGACAGUAGGUACGAAAUAGACAAGCACAUGUCAAAUACCAUAACAGCCAUCGAAUUUACUAUUCUGAAUGUAAAUAGUGAAGAUUCAGCUGUCUACACAUUACAGGAUACCAACAAAAUAUUUGGUGGAGUUACAUUGGUCGUUACUGACUUUCCAAUAACAGAAAAUAAGCCAUCUCAGUCAGCCAGGUCUGACGGUAGUGUGACAGUAGUUAUAUUGAUUGUCAUCGGAUCAGUUGUACUUGCUAUAGCAGUGAUUGUCGUUUUUAGGAGAAACUAUCUGAAGAGAAGUAUGAGUGGUGACAGUGGUGACAAUGAUUCAACUUAUGUAAACAUGAAAGACAAUUUAGACCCAGUCAGCACAUCAGCGCGAGAAAACAGUUACGUUUCGGCACAGAUUGAAAAACCUACAAUUGAUAAUGUUUACAGCGAAGUAAUAAAGAAAACUAAACAAACCAGUGACACAUAUCCUGGAACGGAACAUCAACUUACUAGAGAAACUGACCUAGAAACGGAAAAUCAACUUACUAGAGAAACUGAUCUAGAAACGGAAAAUACACCUACUAGAGUAUCUGAUCCUGAACCUGGACAUCAACAAAACAAUGAACAAAAAGAUACAGAUCAGUUAGUUUACGUCGAAGUUACCUUUGACGAUGACAAAAAGCCGGAAGAAGGAACCGUUCAGAAGAACCUUACCAGAACAACGUACGAAGAGGUUGACUUUAACGCCACUGCUGUUCUAGCAAACAAUAACAAUUCAUCUUGAAGUUGUUUGGACUAUCAUUUUGUUGUAUUUUUAUGUCCCACCUACGAUAGUUAUGUUUUAUGGUUUGUGCGUCUGUGCCGCUUCAUAUUAAAGUUUUUGGUCAAGGUAGUUUUUGAUGAAGUUGAAGUCCAACCAACUUCAAACUUAGUACACAUGUUCCCUAUGAUAUGAUCUUUCUAAUUUUAAUACCAAAUUAGAGUUUUUACCCUAAUGUCACGGUCCACUGAACAUAGAAAAUAAUUUUGCGAGUGGGGCAUUCGUGUACUGGGGACACAUUCUUGUUUUUAAAUAACUAAAUCUUUAUGUUUCUAUACUCGAAUAUCUACCAAUGCUGAUGUAGGUAAUUGAGUAUUGAUUAAAAUUGUUUGAUUUUUUUUAACUGCUGAUCGAAAUUUUCUAAGCAUAUGGCGGCCACAUUUAUAUAUUAUGUGAAAUGAGAGACAUACGAUUUAUAUACAUAUGUAUUAGAUGAAGUUCAUAAAGUAUACAUUUAUGAUUAUCUAGUCUCGAUUGAUAUUUGAUCGCAAAUAGAUGCGGAAUAUAGAAUUGAGAAUGGAAAUUGGGAAUAUGUUAGAGACAACAACCCGACUAAAGAGCAAACAACAACCAAAGGCCACCAAUAAUACAGCAUUCUAACGACGCAAAAGAUUCAAAGGUUUUCAGCAAUAGACAAGUGUCUAUGCAAUAACUGCAAUAUAUCAAGCUUUAAAUCGUUUCGAAACGAAAAAGUGGUGAAUGAGUAGAUUGGAACUAUCAAACCUCGAACAUCAGUACCAAUAAGCCAAAUGACAAAAGGAUCAGAUGCAGAUUCGUGAAUUAAAACAGAAUUAGAUUACCAAAAUAGUAACAUAAUGAGUAGUUAAAAAAAGUCUAUGCAUUAACCAAAUGUGUAGCACCAUAGGGCCGAUAUCUACCCCUCCGCCCUAAACAAUUUCUGCAUUUAUACAAUGUGACAAAAGAUCUUCCCUCACGUGGUUCCAGACAUAAACUGUAUUGUCAGUUCAUUUUCUUCAUUAGAUAAGUGUAAACUAGCAGUACUGAAAGAAAAGGAGAGCAUAUACU